AUGGAGCGUGCCAUGCGCAUUGGUCUUAGCGCAAAGAAUAAGAUCGGGUUGAUCGAUGGAUCCAUCACAACCCCAAAACCCACAGAGGCAAAAUACGCUACAUGGAAGCGAUGCAAUGACAUGGUGUUGCUUUGGAUCGUGAAUUCAGUCCACUUGGACAUUGCUGGCAGCAUUCUCUAUACCGACACAGCAGCUGGCAUUUGGAAUGAUCUCAAAGACAAGUUUUCACAAGGUAAUGACUCUAGGAUUUACCUAAUUCGACAAGAAAUCGUCGAACACCGACAAGGACAACAGUUUGUGUCUGCCUAUUACACCAAGAUGAAGGCGCUUUGGGAUGAACUAGCCUCCUACCAUGAUCUUCUCACUUGCACCUGUGAAGGACUACAACAACUUGCGGAACGAGAAGAAAAAGAAAUAGUCAUGCAGUUCCUUAUGAGAUUGAACGACUCUUACGCCACCAUUCGUGGAUCGAUCUUGAUGAUGAGCCCUCUUCCUAACACACGUAAGGUCCAUGCCUUGGGCCUUCAGCAAGAGAGACAAGUCGAAGUAGCCUCUUGGCGUGAAAAUUUAAGCAACCAUCAUGCGAUGCAGACAAGCCGUUCCACCACCACUCAGGGAACGACGUCUUCAAAGAAACUGCUCAAGUGCAUCUACUGUGACAGAGGACAUCUUGUAGGUGAUUGUUUUUUCCUGAAUGGCUUUCCAGUGGACCACAAAUUUCAUGGCAAGAAUGUGACGCCAAAAGGCAAGAAACCAUCAGCUCAUAAUGCACAGACAAAUCCACCUCAGCUGGUCAAAACAAUGCUUACUGAAGGACCCACAUUCACCACCAAAGAAUACAAUCAGAUCAUGGCCAUGCUCCGAAAAGGAAACGGUAAUACCCAAUCGUUCGCCAAUGCUACAGGACGUGGUUACGAGGAGGAUGAUUGGCCUCGGCAAGCAAUAUAA